AUGGAUUCUUCUGAAACUCUCACUACGCCAACUUCUGCACGACUGCCUCUCGAGCUUCUGCAACAGAUAUACAAUCUCCUAUCACCACUAGAUUUCGACGCUGCUCGCCACACUUGCAGAUUGUGGCUCUUUGCAAGCCUCGACAAGACUCUCCUUACCUCGCAGCUAAUCCUUGGAGGAUGGCAAGCAGCAGCCGAGCAAGACAUCCAGGAAGCCUCUGAUCACUUUCGUAAAAGAAGGCGUCAAAAUACUGGGGAUGCCACAAGCAUUUCUACCUCCCCUUCUGUCAGUCAACCUGUGAGCGUGGAGUGGGUCUUGUCCAAGCGACUUGCGGCAGAAACAAGACUUUGCCCGAGCUGGAGUGGCAUCUGGCCUUCCAGUUGGAGCAGUGUUACAAAGGAACUAGAUCGCCAGGUGCCUGUCCAUGGCAUACAAAUUCCAAUCACCAAAGCUCCAUCCGUUCGGGGCGCCAAUCCCUCAUCUCCACCACUCAUCUGCACGGUUUCGGGAUGCGGUAAAUUCGUCUUGUUGGCGCAGGACCGCGUGGUCUUCAUCUAUAGUCUACGGAGCUUCAAGGCUGGAGUCAGACCGCUGACCAGUAUCUUCUGCCAUCGACGUAUAGUGAACAUGAGCAUGGACACCAGUUGUGGGAGAUAUGCGGUGGGAAUCCUCCUCGAAGGCAGAACUGGAGUGCUGUGCGAGGUGGACAUAGAGAAACCAGGUCCACCGAUCGUGAACCGCAUUCAUCCGUCCAUGAGCUUGAGUGACUUCAGAAACUUUGACAUCCGUACGACAUCUCGUUCUCACCCUCGGUCUUCUGAUCCAGAUCAAGUGGAUUUCGAUUUAUCCUCGCCGACCCGAUCUCGAGUACAUCCGCGAGCGGAGGCCUAUCGGCGAAGAGGUCAUGCACUUGGACGCCCAGGUGAAGUGGCAUUUGUCAGAGGUACCUCUUUGACGCUGACGGAUUCCAACUCCCAUGCUGGGAUAGGACAAGAGUUCAAUCCUCCAGCACCUAACGCUUCCUUCCACCAAUUCUUCCCAGAACGAAAUGGUGGUGAGCGUACGAACGCAUCUCUGUCUCAACACUAUCCUUUUAACAACUUUGAUCCGAUUACGGGCACAUCGGUCUCGAUUGAGCUUGGGGCGAGAAAGAUUUACAAGAAUCUUUGCAGCAUUCAUGAUCCUCCAAAGAGUGUUGCAAUCUGUCCUCAGCGGCAGUGUGUCGCCUUUGGAUGCAAGACUGGAGUCGAACUUCAUUGGAUUGAUGCUUUAAGAGGCAGCACCCUCAGCAGAUGGUUUCCUCUCGCUGCCCCGAGCGAUUAUCUUUACUUCGUUCCACCCCGAGAUGGUGAGCAGAGAACUUCGACUACGAAACUUCGGCUCAUCUCCAGCGCUGCUGGACCAGAAGAGUUCGUGGACGCGGAUCACUACCGUGCUGUGCCGCUCAGCGACGGGCACAUCCUUUUCACUGAACCGGAAAGCGGGUAUCUCUUCCUGGGAAGCGACAAGCCAGGAGGUCCUACGAAGCUGCAACGGAAAGUCGUCUGCCUUCCACCCGAGGGACAUCCAUCUGGUAGAGCGCCAGACUGUUACGCCGCUGGGCGUGAAAUGCGAUGGGGAGUCAGGAUCGUGGUAGCUUACGGACCAAGGAUCAUGUUAUAUAACCUGCCGCCAGAUGGGUUCCAGAGAGCAAGGCCCACAACUCCAGGGUUUCAGGUGGCGCAGAGUGAUCUUGCCAUGGAUGUUGCAGUGGAUGAUAGUCACCGCGAGGCAAAGCGGCUAGAAGGGGUCCUCAUACAUGAUGUUGGUGCUCAGGGCGAGGUUGUGCAGGAUAUUUCGGUGGAUACUCAUCUUGGACGACUCAACGUGUGGCUAUUCUUACGCAGCGGGGAGGACAAAGGAAAGGUGGAGAAGAUGAGGAUGCAUGUUGGAUGGUCCGCUUCCCUAGUCAAGCCUGUCUCUUUAUUCUUAGGCUAG